UGCCGGUUUCCGGGCUCUUCACUUCCCGUCUGGAAGUUGUUUACAUUCCUGUACAGAUGAUAAAUAAAAGCCUAGCAUGUAGCUUUGAUACAUCGCCUCUGACUCCUUUCUCUCGGCACUACAAGGGAUAAGAAAACAAACAGGGUGUUUCUCAAUCGCGAGUACGCUUGCUUGGUAGCACAUGUCUGCCGAGCAUCUUGCUUCAGAAGCGAGUCAAGAAUACUUCCUGACAUUUGGAAAACAAAGAGUGGAACAGGCUAGCAAAUGCUUGAAAUAGUGGCUCUGCAGCAGCUUUACUCGCGAUUGAGAAACACCCCCAGAUGUGUCUUGUGACUUGUGACCAGCUUUUGAGGAAGCAGUCAACUCAGCUGGGGCUGGCAGCAGGAUGUUCUUUAUGAGCUCAGCACAGAGACGGCUCCCCGCUCAGCUGCUGCUGCUGUGGACGCUCACACACUUCUCUGAGUCCAGCGUGUAUCUGUUGGGUCCAGAUGUCUUCACACUUCAGAAGAACUCUGGAGCCAAAAUCAGCCUUACUUCCAGUUCCCCAGUGAACCAGACUGCUGUGAUUCACUUCAACAUCUCCUUCAGCUCCAAGCCCGACUACACAUCUGUGAUCACACUGCCUGAGCAGGUGUUGCUGCCAGAGAAAGAAACCUCAGUGAUUUUCAAUGUGACGGCCCACGAUGUUGGUCAGGUGACCUCAUUCCUGCUUACCAACAACACAGAGCUCAAGAGUUCUGUCAGGAUCCACUUCCUGGUUGUCCAUAGCAACAUCCUGUCAAUAAUCAGUCAGGUGAUUGGCUGGAUUUACUUUGUGGCCUGGUCCGUGUCCUUCUAUCCACAAGCCUGGGAAAACUUCCGGAGAAAAAGUGUUGUAGGUCUCAACUUUGACUUCCUGGCUCUCAACCUGACCGGCUUCAUCGCCUACAGUGUCUUCAACAUAGGACUGUUCUGGGUGCCUUAUAUAAAGGAGGAGUUGCUGAAGAGCAACCCCAAUGGAAUUAACCCUGUGAGCGCCAACGAUGUCUUCUUCAGUCUGCAUGCUGUCGUGUUCUGUGUGGUCUACAUCAGCCAGGCCGCUGUGUAUGAGAGGGGGGGUCAGAAGGUCUCGCGCACAGCCUACUUCCUGCUGGUGGUUGGCUGGAUGUUUGCCUUGGUCAGCCUGUUUCUUGCCGUAGCCAAACAGAUCACCUGGCUGGAUUACCUCUACUAUUUCUCCUACAUCAAACUGGCAGUCACUCUGAUCAAAUAUGUGCCACAGGCGUACAUGAACUACAAAAAGCAGAGCACUGACGGGUGGAGCAUUGGCAACGUGCUGCUGGACUUCACAGGGGGAGUCCUCAGUGUUCUGCAGAUGAUCCUUCAGUCUUACAACAACGAUGAGUGGAGGCUUAUAUUUGGCGAUCCCACCAAGUUCGGUCUGGGUGUUUUCUCCGUGGUGUUCGACAUCCUCUUCAUGACUCAGCACUACUGUCUCUACAGACAGCGGCCACAGUAUGAAGCUGUUACCGGGCAACCAGCCUGAUGCUGCCUGUAGAUGGAGUGGCAAAAGAACCUUACAAAGGAGCACGCACAAUAAGCACAUACUGUUUCAAACAGCUGAAGCCUGUGACAUAAGAUUUUCAACUGCAUAAUUACUCUGUAGCUAUGUCAGAUUGACAAUAAAGAACCUUGAACCUUGAA